UGGACGAGAGAGCAAAGCGACGGGUUGGCUCCCUCGAUCGCACCACCUUAUAUCGCCACGACGUACCCCGGCGACGACACAACCCAGAUAGGCGCCAUGAGCACGACGACCAAAUAUCCAUGCAAGGAGUAUGCAUGCCGGAUUCAGGGCUGUCUCGUCAAGAACGACUACAACCAGGACCGCUGCGUGCAGUAUGUCAAGGCUCUGGAGCAAUGCUGCCGCCAGAUGCAGCAGGAUGGUGUUGCCGAUGCGCAAGAGGCAUGCGGCAGCAUAUGGCGGCGAUGGGAGCGAGAGGCCAAGCAGGCCGCAGCAGCAGCAAGACAGAGCCGGCAACCAGAGUGAGGAUGACCCGCGGGCGAGUCGGAAACGGGACAAUACAGCCCCGGUAUGAACCACAACAUGCGGCUCCAAACACUUGGACAUGCACUCGAAAGAGAUUGUCGCGCUGCACUUGCUCUGGUCUGGUCUGCCAGCACUGGUCUGCAUCUGCCAGCGUUGGUC